GAAUAUAUUGAAACAAAAAAAUGUAUUAAAGUCAACGACAACUAACGUUAACCGUUAUGUUAUAUUCAACUUUCAUAAUAAAAUACGACAGUUUGGUUCAACGUCUGUAAACCACGCGGUUCCAACUGCAGAGAAUCCGCCCAUGCGUAUUUUACUUCUCGGAAAUCCGGGUGCUGGAAAAGGAACUCAAUCCUCUCGCAUGCAAAAAAAUUUCAACAUUACCGCAAUAACUAGCGGCAACCUCCUUCGUCAAAACAUAGCAAAAGGCACAACGGUUGGUAAAAUUGCUGCUAAACACAUGGAGCAUGGAGAAUUCGUACCGGACGAUAUUAUGAUUGAAUUAAUUGGCGAUGAACUUCAAAGAAAUAAGCGACAAAAUUGGCUAUUAGAUGGAUUUCCGCGAACAAUUAAUCAAGCGAUGGCCUUAGAUGAUAAUUUAAAUCUAUCGGGUCAAUCUUUAAAUUUAGUCAUUAAUCUUCAGGUACCUGAAGAAGUAAUAUUACAACGUAUCAUGGAUCGAUGGAUUCAUGUUCCUUCAGGACGCGUUUAUAAUCUAAGUUAUAAUCCACCAAAAAUACAUGGAAUUGACGAUGUCACCGGUGAAAAACUAACAAAGCGCGAUGAUGAUAAUCCUGAUAUAUUUAAAAUUCGAUUACAAAAACAUCAUGCUCUAACUGAACCGUUAUUAGAAUAUUAUAAUAAGCGAAAUAUAUUAAUUACUUGCAACGGGCGAACAAGUGAUGAAAUUUAUCCGCAAAUUGAAUCGGAAUUAAUUGCAAGAUUCAAUGUUAUUUCUCCCAAUAAUCAGGUUAAAACUUCUACUGAGAAAAAUCUUUUAAAGGUUGCCACUCGAGAGAAUUUAUAGAGUAAAAUUUCCAUUCAAUUACCCGCAUCAUACUUAAACUUGCCUUGUACAUUCUUUGUGGUAUAUUUUUUUGUUAUAAGGCAAAUUGUUAAUUUGUAUAUUCCUUAAUUGUAAAUAAAAAUUUAUACAGUAAUAGUAAUAUAAUUUGGAACACAUUAUUACUUUCGCAAAAAAUAAAUUUACGUUAAAAAUUUGUUU